AUGAAUUCAGAGCCUGAAAUUAUUUUUUAUUCGCAUAAAAAAUCUAGAAGAGAAUCAAGGGAAGGUUGGAAAGAUGAUUCAGAAACGGUGAGAUUUUUGGGAGGUCCGGAAGCUCCAGAGGUUGAUUCAGAUUUCAAAAAAAAAUCCUGAUCUGAGCAAUGUUAUUUUGAAAAUAAUUUUUUCUGGAUUUCUGAUAAGUCUAAAGAGAAACUUUUCAGAAUUCAGUUUCAGAACUUAUUUCCGAAAUUAGUGGAAAAUUGAGCUGAAGUUCAAAUUUUUUGAAUACAAAACUCACAUUCUAAAAUUACUUGAUUCCCGCCAUUUUCAAAUUUUUCAAAAAUUAAAAAUGAGAGAUUCUAGUUUUUCACGCGUAAAAGAUUCCGAAUUCAAUUUUUUUUCCCAAGUUCCCUGAAAUCAGCUUCAUCUCUUUUUUUUCUCCAAAAAAAAACAAAUCCAUCUCCUCCACCUACAAAAAAUCCUUUCCCUCUUAUCGGAUUUUUUUUUAUCAGAAGAAAAAAAAGAAUAUAAAUCCCUCCCCAACACAAGAGCACUCUAUUUUAUUAUUUUUUUUUCAUCAUUCAUUUUUUUUUUAGAAAAUGCUAGAAGACCUAAUUUACGAAAUAUUGCCAGUCAUUGGGUUUGGAAUCAUAUCAAUUUCAAUUUUUAUUAUAAUUGUCAUGCGGAAAUGUGAAAAAUCACUGAUGUUUUGCCUUUUUUUCGCGAUUUCAGGUAUUAAAUUCAAAAAUUUUCAAAAAAAAAUAAAAUUCUUACCUUUCAGAUCUGCUAACCGGAAUUGCUGUCAUAAUAAAUGGAUUCUAUGGAGUUAUCGUAACUAUUUAUGGGAGCAGUAUUGAACAAAUUCAACCAAUCAAUUGUUUUUAUCGUGCACCGCAUAUCACAAUUCUCAUUUUCACUGAUUAUUUACAUCUGUUGAUUUUAUGUUGCUUCACAAUUGAUCGAUUUAUUCAGAUUUUGGUGCCGGUUUCGUAUGGAAGAAUUUGUGAGGUUUUGAUUAAUUGGAAAUUAUUCGCGUUUUUGUCGAUUUGCGCGAUUUUUCCAUCUGUGCCAGCUUUUCAAUUUGCAGUUGAGGUGAGCAGAGGAUUUUUGAGCGCUUAUGCUGUAAUUUUUAAAUUUUAACAGAUUUUUGAGUGAAAAAUUGAUUCUGAAACUGUGAAAAUGAUGAGAUUUUUUCUCACAGCGUGUACUUUACUACCUGAAAAAUUUUCGCGCUUUUUUUGAGACCUUCAACGCAAAAGUGAGAGAAAUAUUUUUGAUCUACCAGAAGAUUUCUUGAAAAUUUUGAAGCCUAGAGAUUUUGGUAGUAAAUCACGCCAUGUGGAUAAAAUUUUUUCUGGAAAUUUGAAUUUUGAGUGAGUUCGAAUACAGAAUCCUAAAUUUCUAGACUUUUCUCCGAAACUUUUUGAAGAUAAGGCUCGUCAGCAGUCAAACCAAAUUCAAAAUUUUCAAGAUCAAAAACGUGGAUUGUUUCGCACUAGGGCUGAUUCACGAACGGAAAAAAAUGUUUAAAAAUGUUUUUUUUAACAUCGAAAGAUCAAUUCACGAAAAGUCAAAAAAAUGUCGAAAAAACACUAGUUUUUCAAGGUUUUUCAGUCAAAAAUGAUGACAAAUCGAUAUUUUUUAAGCUUCUGGAGUAAUUUCUGAUGAAAAUUGACCUUGGAAUUCACUUUCCAGAAGGUUUUGAUGAUUUUUCGUAAAAUAAAAAAAAUUCGAAAAAAUUCAUCAAAUAAAGCAAAAUAGGGUUCUCGAAGCUUAUUUUCAUCAGAAAUCACUCCAGAAGCUUCGAAAAUAUUGAUUUGUCAUCAUUUUUGGCUGAAAAACCUUGAAAAACUGAUUUUGACCUACUUUUCGUGAAUUGAUCUUUCAAUGUUAAAAAAAAAUUUUUUAAACAUUUUUUUCGUUCGUGAAUCAGCCCUUCUUCCAGGCUCAUGAAAACGUGACAAUCCGCAUCGGUUCCCAUUGCCGAUUCGACGAAGUCGUCGGUGACUCCUUCUAUCUCUCGCACAUCCUCAAAAUCCAAUGGAUCCCAAUCGCAUGCCUCGGAACUCUAUCCUCCACCCUUCUCAUCUACAUAAUCCGUCAAUCCAAGCAUAAAUGGAGUUAUAAUUGGUCCGAGGAAAUUGGGACCACCAAACAAUUAUUCGGCACAAUUUUUAUGCGAUGUUUUCUGUCGGGUUUGAGUGUGCACAUUCCGCUUUUAUUGAUUUCUCGAACAACGCAAGGACAUCAAAUGCUUUUGUUGAAAGAUUAUUUGAUUCGAAUUUCUUAUUGGAUUUUUGUCAUCAUUUUCCAGCCAAUUUGGUAUCUCAUGAUUCUCACCAAAUUCCAGCAAAAUGUCAAUCUUCUCUUUAAUAAAUACUCAGAUAAUACUCAAAGAAAUUGGCAAAGCGCGGGUGAGUUAGAGGAACUCAAAAAAAAUGUUAUAAUCCUUUUUCAGAUGAUCCCCCUGUGGAAGGCGGAGCUGCUCAUCUAGAUCGACAUGGCUCACCAAAUCCUUUCGGAUCCUGGUAUUCCAUGACUGGAAAUAUUGCAGGAGAGGCUGGAGUUCCGGUUGGAAAUCAAAGAUCUGUCAGUUUCUAUUAUGAUAACUGA